AUGUCGGUCCUGAAGGAAGUCAACGGCCCCGCCACGACGGCGUGGUGCCCCAUCAAGCGCCCGCGAGAUGCAGUCCUUGCGAUGGGCUCGCUGCGCGAAGGCAAGCAUGAGCUUGCGCUCUACUCGAUGAACAUGGCGGUCCCGAGCCGGGCCAUGGAGCGCCUCGGCAGCGUCGCCACGACGUCGCGGUUCCUCUCCGUCUCAUGGGCUGACGUGCUCAAGCACCGCGCAUCCUGCUCGCUUGGUGUCAUUGCCGGUGGGAUGGAAGACGGGACCGUGUGUCUCUGGAGCGCCAACAAGGUCUUGCACAGCGACGAGACGCUGCUCGGGUCGGUCACCAAGCACAAGGGCGCGGUCAACGCGGUGCAGUUCAACCCGCGGCCUGAUAGCUCCCACUUGAUUGCCUCGGGCGGCGCGGACGGCGAGAUGUACAUUACGUCGCUCGCCAAGCUCGAGAAGCCCAUGAUCUUUGCGCCUGGCCCGUCCAUCGCGCAGGCAGGCCACGAGAUCACGACGGUGGCCUGGAAUACGCAAGCUGCGUUCAUCGUCGCGUCCGGCUCGCAGUCGGGGACGACGACCAUCUGGGACUUGAAGCAAAAGCAGCCGUGGUGCCAGCUCCACGACCCGUACGGCGCGCCGGCGUCGGUCAUUGCGUGGAGCCCGCACGAAGGCCUCCAGCUCAUCACGGCCUCCAACGAUGACGCGCAUCCCGUCGUGCGGCUCUGGGAUCUGCGAGGAUCCAAGACGACGCCACUCGCCGAGUUUUACGAGCACCGUGCCGGCAUCCUCUCGGCCGCGUGGAACCCCCAUGACGCCGGAUUCGUGCUAUCGAGCGCCCGGGACAACCGGACGUUGGUGUGGGAUCUGCACUCGAACCAGUUGGCACUUGAAGUCUACGACCAGCAAGCAGACGGCAGCUACUACAGCGGCGGGUACGAGCGCAGUCAUGUGCAGUGGUCGCCGCUCUCGCCGGGUCUCUUCUCGGCCGCGACGCCAGAGAGCACGCAAGUGCUUGGUGUGCACAGUCUGGGCGCGCAGGCGUUGUAUGCGCCCGAGUGGACGACGCAGCAGACGCAAGAUGCAACACCCGAGGUCACCUCCAGCGUGGCCAACCCGCUCGCGCUCGUCGACGCAGCCGACGCGCUUGAGAUCCGCGGCGUCGACGGCAAGGCGUUCUGCGACUACAAGAUCGGCGCCGAGGACGAGAGCAGCGUCGAGUGGGGCUUUCUCAAGAUCCUCUUUGCCGAUGACGCGCGCAAGCAGCUGCUGUUGCACCUCGGGUUCGACGAAGACGAGAUCGAGGCCGAGGCGACGCGCUUCAUGGACAACAAAGCACCGAGUAUCGGUAGCGGGGACCCGUCACUGCCGUCCGACCCGCUGCCCGUCUUUACGCGCGAGUCGGAAGAGAUGGUCAAGCGCGCGCUCCUCGUCGGCAACUUUGAAGCUGCCGUCGAGUGCUGUCUCCGGCACAACCAACUCGCAAACGCGCUCUUACUGGCGACCUGCGGCGGGCCCGAGCUUUGGCACCGGACCCAAGAGGCGUUCUUCCAGCAGCAGCAGCGCCCGUUCAUGAAGAUCGUGGCCGCCAUCAUCAAGAAUGAACUUGCGACGCUUGUCCACGAGUCGGAUGUCGCCAAGUGGAAGGAGACGCUGGCCAUCUUGAGUACCUACUCGAAAAGCGAAGAGUUCCCGAGCCUCUGCGACCAGCUUGCGCUGCGGCUCUAUGACGCAGGCGACGUGGCCUCUGCGACGCUCUGCUUUAUCUGUGCGAUGAACAUGGACCGCGCGAUCGCUAUUUGGGCGGACCGUGUGCAUGCGCAGGACGACGCAUCCAAGCCGCUCGCGAUCUUGCACGCUGUCGAGAAGAUUAGCGUCUUCAAGCAGGCGACGGGCCACGCGUCGGCGGCGGCGCUGCCUCUCUACAGCGAGUAUGCGUCCUUGAUGCUCUCGAUUGGCCAACUCGACAUUGCGGCCAAAUACGGCAAGCACGACGCCGCGAUCAUGGAGCGUCUGCAACAAGGCUCCCAGCCGACGUACGCGCCGUCCUACCAGCAGCCGUAUGUUGCGCAGCCGACGCCUCAGCCCCAGCCGACGCAUCAGCCUCAGCCGCCGCUGGAGUAUGCGCCAUCCCCCGAGAUGUACCAGGCACAGCAAGGCCACCAAGAGCACCAGGCACAGGAGUACGCCACACAGCAGGAGUAUGUAGCACAGCACGACUUUCCGCCGCAGCCGACGCACGAACAUGGGUUGACGCCACCUGCCCCCGACGCCUUCUUUGUGCAAGAAGACUUGUACCACGAGCCGGCGCACCAGCCGUACGAGUCGUACGCUUCAGAGACGCCAGCGGCGGCCGAGUUUGCUUCGCACGACGAAGGACCACCCGUGAACGCGUACGAGCAGGAGCCUGUCGCGUACGAAGAAGCACCGGCGUUGCACAUGGAGGCGCAUGGGGAGCCGCCGCACUCGGAGCCAAUCGGACAGGUGCACAAGGAGUCACCGGCGCAAGCGCACUCUGCGCCGCCGACGCACCUGCAUGACGCGCCGAUCGAAGACGCGCUGCACGUCGACACGGCGCCCAAGCCGUUGCUGCUCAACGCCGCGCGCACCAAGUCGCCCGCGGCGCCCAAGCCUGCGACGCCGAUCGUCGCUGCCAACACGCCGCCGUACGUGACGUCGGUCGACUUGAGUGGCGUGCACGAAGACGACAUGGUGGUUGUGACGGCUGUGAGCGGCCUCAUUGGCGCUCUCGAGAUGCAAAAGCUGCCGCCGAUGGAAGGCCGGCAAUUGGGUGAGAUCAAGAAGGCGGCCGACGUGCUGUUUACCAAGCUCGGCCACGCCGCCGACUUGGGCGACGCCGUCCUCGACCUGAUCCACGACCUCGCGGGCGGCCUCGCGGCGCGGGACAUCAAGCACGCGCAGCAAGUGCACGUGCUUUUGACGAAGGACCACUGGGCCAAGCAAAAGGACUGGCUCAAAGGUCUCAAAGCCCUCAUCCAGAUCGCCAUCAAGCGCAUUCGGUAG